CGGAUUUAGUCGCUCUUCGCAGACGACCCAACAUGUUACCCUUUCGCUGGUUCCGGCUCACGCUGGCGUGCAUACUUGGAACGGCGGUUCAUGCUGUGACGGUAUACCAGGCUCCUCUUGGGGCGAUGACGACCACGAGCACUGCGCCGAACGCUGUCUACACUGGUGCCGCAGCGUACGAUCCAACGGUUCUUACCCCGCCACCCAUCCCCAGUCCGGCACCGCCCACGCAGUUCGGUGUUCAAGUUUCGAACAACGCAGGGAACGUUUCGGCGUUGUCCAUCUCACCCGGAGGGGCAUUCCUUGGUUUCUCGAUUGAGAUGUCUGUUGUUGAGCAAGUCCUCGGUCUCAAUGGAUCACGUCUGCAAGUACCAUUCCUUAACCUCAUGGCGCUCGUAGCCGAACGCAGCGGGAGUGUGCACAUCCGGGUUGGCGGUAACACGCAGGAGUACGCUGCGCUUGUACAAUCGCUCCCCGAGGACAAGAUUGUCGAGAAGGAAGCGGUCAACGUCAAUAACCCGACUCAAACGCCGAGCUUGCUGUACACCCCGGAACUCCUUUACCUCCUGUCCAACAUCUCUUCCCUCGUCGACACGAAAUGGUACCUCGGUCUUCCCCUUAACGACACGUCCAACCUUCGUCUUGCCAUCGCUGAGUAUGGUGAAAGCAUUCUCGGUGGCAAUUUACUGGGACUGCAAGUUGGCAACGAACCGGACCUCUAUGCAAGGCACGGCUUGCGCCAGGCGACUUAUGGACCCAAUGACUACUUCGGCGAAUUCGCCUUGGUCGUAGACGCCAUGCAGGCCGAUUCGAACAUCAAAGUUCACAACAAUCUCAUUGCACCCAGCGUUGCUACCGGUGACUGGACACCGGAGGGCAAGUUGAUGCAUAUUGUGUACCUACAUGUGUGGAAUACGGGCUUCAUUCCGGCGUACCAGAACAGUCUGUCAGCUCUAGCUGUCGAGCACUACCCCGACGACAAUUGCGCCGCACUCUACGGUAACUCCUUCGGCCAAACGAUAAAUCCCCAGGACGUUUUCUCGGACUACCUCAACCAUACUUCCGCUCUCUCUAUCGUUGCGCCCUAUGUUAACUCUUCGCAAAUAGCCAACGCAGCAGGCAAGCCGUUCAUCAUGUUCGAGACGAACUCAGCUAGUUGUGGCGGCUUUCCCGGAGUGAGCGACAGUUUCGGCGCGGCGCUGUGGUUAACGGACUACGCCAUGAGUAUGGCAGCGGUAGGGUUCAAUGGCGCGUUGGUCCAUGUAGGAGGGCAAGAUGUGUAUUACAACCCUUUCACUCCACCACCUACGAAUCAGUCGAGUUAUCACCAAUGGACGAUUGGAUCUACGUUUUACGCUGUUCUCGUUAUGGCCGAAGCCCUAGGAUCGACAUCCUCGUCUUCCUCGGGCAACCUCCAAGUCGUCGAUUUAGGCAUGAAUGGUGGAAACCCGUUCACGCCAGGCUAUGCGGUGUACGAAGGCGGCUCACUCGCGCGUGCCGUCUUCAUCAAUUUUAUGACGGACGCUUCGGGCGCGAACGAUCUGCAAGUGAACCUUCAGGUCCAGGAAGGCGUCCCUGGGAGUGUUCAGGUUAAAUAUCUGCAAGCGCCGUCGGUUAGCGAGCACUUCAACAUCACUUGGGCAGGACAGACUAUGGGAGGCCAGUUCGCGUCUGAUGGACGGCUGCAGGGCACACAGUCCAUCCAGACUGUCACAUGUGACACGUCCGCCAACAAAUGCACAAUAACUGUACCCGCGCCAGGGCUCGCGCUUGUCUCCUUCGAGCCAUCUUCCUCCACUUCGUACCCGACACACACCUUUGCGACGACCGCGGUAGAGGCAACGGCGACGAAGGUGGACCCGAGCGUGGUGGCGACAAGCAACGGGUCGCCAGGCGGUGGUUCGCAUGCGGGGAGCACGAGCCGCGGAAAGAGCCAGACCAGUCGCGGCACGGGGAUUGCACCCAGCCUGUUGAUGCUUGUGGCAAUGCUGUUCGGAGCUGGGGUGCUUGGGAGGACGUAUGCCUGGCGCUGGCCAUAG